AUUUUGGGAGUCCCCUUAGUCAGGGGAAUAGAAGCCACACACGCUGCUCAUUGCUGCUGAGAUGUCAGUCUCUCCGGGACAGUCAGGGGACUGAAGGGAGAGAAACACAGAAAGCGGCAACAUUUCAGGAUCAUGGAGAGCUUGUGCCCCCCAGACAUUGAGAGGGCAUCCACUGUAUCCCUGGGGCUGGAGGACGAAGUCCCCUCCGACUCUGUCCUGGACACGGGGGAAGCAGAGGAGCUGACGCAGAGUUUUAAAGAGAUUGUCCAAGCUGAAGAUGUGAAACCAAGGUUACAGUGCCUUAUGGCCAGCUCAUCCUUCUCUAUGGUGACAGUUCAGUGUGAAGAUAGCGGGAUACACUGGGAGACGAGCUCAAGUCGAUGCUCAACUCCUUGGGCGUCAGAGGCCAGCACCACCUCCGAUGUGUUCAGCUUGGAAAGUUCAGGCUCUGUCCCAGGCAAAGUUAUAUUUAUUAUGGAUGAGGGCAAAUAUACCAGGAAAAAACACCGAUCAUCAUCAUCAUCUGGCUUACCGCGGCAUUCCAAAAGAAACACAGAUCCUUCAAAACUAGGUCCUACAGAGAACAUGGGAGAAGCUUUUAAACAAGCACUCGAAAAAGCUAAAGAUACUGUGAACACAAUAAAAAGUCCCAAUUUAAGAAAUGAUAACCUUGGAUCAAGAAGUUCUUUGAAAAAAAGGGCUAUAGAAAUGCAUCCACUUUUAGAAGACACAAUGGAUUUUGCAUCGACUUCACAGAAUGUUGAUCCAGAUAUCAAAAAGGAUAUUCUUCCGGCUCCUGUGCCAAAAGAAAUCAUAUCAGUGUCACCUACAGAUCCUGAAAACCCUCUUCCAUCAUCUGGUGAAAACCAUUCACCAAUAACAGGUCCUUCAUCUACGAAUUUACCCACCUCAACUGAAAAAGCAGGUGACGUUAUGGCAAAUAACGCUUCUAUCAUAUCCAGAAGAAGUCGUUUGGAAAGAAUGAACCACCCCAUAGUUCCUCGGAAAGCCCUGAACAGUGUUUCAGAGAAUAUAGGUAAUCUCCUUUUCCCCGAAGGAGAAAAUGCAUUAGCAAAUUCUGAAUGUGAACACAACACAGAUGAGGCGCCUGACACACAGUCACAUGUUUUCAGUAUAGUCUCCGACGGUUCAGAAAUAUUAAAUAUUCUUGCCCCGGAACUCAUAUCAUCAGUUGACCUAGAAGCCAGUUAUCAAAUGGAAGAUAAAUUAGAAUAUCUGGAUGAAAACCCUAUGCUAAUACCAAAGCAAGUUUGUGAGACAGUUGAUAUAUUAAAUGAAACUGAAGAGCCAAUGGAAGAGCAGGUGUUAAAAGUUGAUACUAAUCAUAUUGAAAACUUGAAAACUUUAGACCAGGAGACCGUGAAACCAUUAAAUCCAGACAAAAGCACCACAGAAGUUGACUAUUUUGAAAAAUUUACUUUAAUCGACGACAAAGUAGCUGUUGAACCAGACUUUGUGAAAUCAGAUUUGAAACCUGAAGUGGGUCUUGCUAAAGUAAAAACAUGUGGUACUUACAGUGAGAAUGAGAUUGCUGUUGAAGACGACCUUUACUUGUAUGGUCAUUUAGAUGAAUCCUUCUAUGGCGUUCCUAAAGAUAAUGACUUUGAAGAACAAGCAUUUAAUGGCCAGAAUUCUGAUGUCAUUCAAGAAGAUGCAAGAACACAAGAUAUACAGUCACUAAAAAUAUCCCUGUUUAGCGAGGAGGAAGGCACAUUGGAAAAAUCUUUGCUUUUUCCAACAUCUUAUCCAAUAAACCCAGAGCUUCUAGAGGAGCCACCAGCCUUGGCAUUUCAAUAUGAAGACCUAUAUGAACACGCAAAAGGAGCAAAGAAUAAAGAUGAUUAUGACCAAUCUGAUGUUGAAAGUACCACUUCUGUGGCCACGUUUCAUAGCAGAAUUUCUGAUGAUGAUGGAACUGGCAUUUACUUUGAAAAAUAUAACCUUAAAGAUGAGAUACCAGUUAGUGAGGCCAAGACAUAUUGUAAAAUUAAAUAUGAUUUACCCGAGAUUUCAGAUUACCAACAACCGACGAGUAGCGUUACACCUGAAAUAGAUGAUCACAGUCUGGAUAAUGACAAGCCUCUUGGAAGUGAAGAGUUUAAUGAUGUGCAGAUGGAGUCAACUUGUGAAGUGGUGCCUCAAUAUAAUGAACUAUCACAGACAAUUGAGCAGGGGGAUAUUGUAUGUGUGAAUAGUGAAAUAACUGUCACUGAUGCUAGCAAUAUUUUUGAUAUAAGUUCAACUGACCAAGUGCAUAACAAAAAGGAAGAGAUCACGGGAAAAGACAAGACUUUUCUUAUUUCUGAAACCACAGUCAGUCCAGCUGAUAAUAGUUUUGAAAUCCCUAAACCUCAAAAUGAAGAAGAAACACCUGGCGUACAAGUGAAAAAUGAGUUUGAAGCCAUUGUGUGUGAUACAAGCAAAUCAGUACUAGAUACCAGCCAAGAAAAGACAAUACUUGCCAAAGCCUUGGUGAAUGAUGAGUCAAAACAGAUGUUAAAGACAGAUUUGAAAGAACCCAGAGAGGAAAGGUUUGUUGACAAAGAAAUUGCACCAGUUAGUGCACAGAAAUCAAAGGGACUAAGUGAAAUAAAAGGUGAAGCAGAGAAUAACAGGGAAGAAACUAAACUAGCUUUACAAACACCUCUGGGAGUCCUUGAGGAAGAAGAGGAAGACCUUUGUCUACAAAACACUGAGGAAAUUGCUGAAUCUUUGGGCUAUGUCAUGGUUAACCAAGAUGAUCUGCCAACACAGGCAAAAACAGACAGUCAGUUGUUGCAACAGGAAAGUGAAAAGGAAGAUGAUUUAAUUACAGCCUUGGAGCAGGAUGCUCAAAAGGAACUGGAAGAUUUAGGGUUUGAAGUUAUAGAGCAUGAGAAAUCCCCUGCUGAUCUGCCAGAAGAAAUAUUACAAGGGGUUGCAAAGAAGAUUCAGGGUGACACUUAUUGCUACUCUUGCAAAAGUCCCAUGUUAGCCAUUGAUAAAAUAUUUGGCGACCAUAAGGACCAUGAUGUCACAGCCUUAGAUGAUGUUGUCAAUGAGAUGACAAAUAAUUUGGAGGAUCUCCUAGAGAGACUGAAGGAAAGCUCAAUGAAAACGGAGGAUUUUGUCAGCAGAGUGGAAUCGAUGUUUAAUGACGUUGAGAGGAAUCAUACAGAAAGUGAGAAGAUUUUGGGUGAACAGAAUGAGAAGAUGACUGGCAAAGUCACCGCACAACGUACUGCAAAGAAAGAGAACUUUGAGGAGCUGAAGAAGAUGAAAUUGGAGUAUCUAUAUGACCAGAUGGUUAGCUUCCAGCAGAGUGUUGAUUCAGCAAGAGAGAUUUUAGAGAAAGCCGGAAAGGAGAUUGAGGAGCAGGACCUUAUAUUGUUUUUGACUUCACACGAUGAGACCAAUACCAGGCUCCUCUCUGCCACAGAAAGCACAAUGUCACUAGAUAAGAUGCCCAGCGCCUUCUCACUUUUUGAACACCAUGCUGGGAAUUCUUCUGGAGACCAGAAGCAGAGACACGUGCCAGUGCCCCACACCCCUGAUUUAAAGCCGCAAGAGCCCAAUUCCGCUACAGGCACAACCAUUACAAUUUAUUGGACUAUGAACCAGGACGAUGUUAUUGAUUGUUUUCAGGUGUACUGCAUGGAGGAGCCUCAAGGAAUCCAUGAUGAAAAUGCACUGCUUGAGGAAUACAGAGUGACCGUGAAGGAAAGUUUUCUCAUCUUGGAAGACCUUGAGCCGGACAAAUGCUACAGUGUCUGGGUUAUGGCAGUAAAUUACACUGGGUGCAGCUUACCCAGUGACAAGGCUGUAUUCAGAACUGCUCCCUCUACUCCAGUAAUCAAAGCAGAGGAGUGUACAGUGUGCUGGGACACUGCUGUCGUCAGAUGGAGCACAUCACAUCCCGAAUCCACAGAAUCAUUUACCCUAGAGUGGUGCAAACAGUAUCCAUCAGAGGGAGAGGGACUGAGGUCCAUUGCUGGAAUCAAAGACCAGCAGUUAAAAGUAACUUUGCAGCCGAAUGAGAAUUAUUUCUUCUAUGUGAGAGCUGCUAAUGUCGCUGGGACAAGUGAGCAGAGUGAAGCUGCCCUCAUCUCAACCAAAGGCACAAGGUUUCACUUACUGAGAGAUACCGCACACCCAGUAUUGGAGCUCUCUCCAGAAGGAACCAGUAUAAGUAUUUCAGAGCAAAGUGAAAUAACGGGAAUUCCAUUGGUGCUGGGGGAAGUGCUGCCUGCUAGCGGCUGCCAUUACUGGGAAAUGACAGUUGCAGGAUGCAAAGGCUACAGUAUAGGUGCCACCUUUCAACCUUCUCAAGAAGAAUAUGGCUUGGAACAAGACAGUACAACAUGGUGUAUGCAGUGCUGCUCCACCUCUACAAGUUACUCAUAUAAGUUCCUCCACAAGGAAGUCUUCAGUGAAGUCCGCUUGACAGAACCUCCAGAUCGUAUUGGAAUCCUCCUGGAUUACAGAACUGGGAGACUUUCAUUCUACAAUGUCCCAAAACGACAAGUCCUUUACACCUUCAGGAACGGGUUUAAGGAGGCAUCUCACCCAACUUUUGCUCUAGAGACACCUGGGAAUCUCCACUUGCAUACUGGCAUAGAACUUCCAACUUUUGCUACGUAGAGCUAACAAUCUAUGUCAUAUAGGGUGUUCCUUGCCUGUGGAACCCCUCAAUGUGCUGUGUUCAUUUUGAGAAAUCAUUGCUCCAUAUGGAAAUGCUUGAAAUUCUGUGGGGGCAGCUGUGGGGAUGCUGCGAUUAGAUAUGAAUGAAACAAAAAGGAAAUGCUGCAAUAAGAUAUGAAUGAAACAAAAAGGAAAUGUUGCGAUUAUAUAUGAAUGAAA